CGUGACUUCUUGUAACUGCCGAGGCUGAAACUGAAAGUUAAAAACUAAACAAAAACAAAUCUUUGGUGGAGUCCGUGAAGGUGACACAGCAGCGGCUCAUUACACUUUGUGCAGACGGAGAAGAGGUGAAACAAGAUGACUACACAGGGUCAGCAGGAGAAAAGAUACGACCCCGAAGACACGGGCCUGAAGUUUGUCAGCAGGCCGGAUGAUCUGGAUCCACUACCCCCAGAGGAGGGAGAUGAGUGUCUCCGAACAGAGAUGUCCUGCGGUCAUGCUGUCACCCCAGAGUCUCUCACUGGCUGGUGUCGCAGCCUGCUGGAUCAGGGCCAGUACAAAUUUAAGUGCCCUGCUUUAAAGAACGGCACCUUGGAGAAGUGUGAUGCAAAGUGGUCUUAUAAAGAGGUGCGAAGGCACGCACUGCUGACAGACGAAGAGAUGGAGUACUUUGAAGAGAACAUCGCCCGUCUGGCUGCCACAGAAUACUGUGAAUACAAAACAUGUCCUGGGUGUAAGACCUAUCUGGAGAGAGCGGACCUGACUAACCUCAGCGUGCAGUGCAUAGUCUGCACAGCAGACAAGAAGAAAGUCUACGAGUUCUGCUGGCAGUGUCUGAAGCAGUGGAAGGGUGCAGCUCGACGCUCUGACCGCUGCGACAACGACGGCUGUAUCAACCACGACCUUGAGCUCCUCAAGAACUGCAAGACCACCGCCCUACCUGAGGUGAAUGGAGUUGACGCCUGUCCCUCCAUCCGGGUCUGUCCCACCUGUGGUCAGAGGGCGGCGCACGACAAAACUGGCUGCAAGAACAUCAUCUGUCCUCGCUGUCAGGUCGAGUUCUGCUUUGUGUGUCUGAAGCUCACUCCUGAGUGCCUGACGACGAGCUCUUACUACGACGCCUGCAGUGAUGGUGUGGCUCCCAGACAGACCUCCAUACCUGUGUGGCGCAGAAACUAAGAGCGAAUCUGAACACAUUCACUCAUGAUGUGGCUUACUGCCUUCUUCUGCCACACUAUAUUGUACUUUUCCUCUUGGAUUUCAUUCUACGCUUGUUUUUGCAACUGAUGCCAAAAGUGUAGACAUGUAGGCGUAUCUGUUCAUCUACAUUGUGAGCCUUAAAAUAUCUGUUGUAUUUUCUCAUAAUGUUGUAUAAUGCAUGUUUGUAACGUUGCCACUGAAGGUUGCUUCUUUAAAAUUAAUCUCUGUUCAUAAUGAAUCAUUGAUAACUGCAUCACUUAAUAAAGUUUCCCUUUACAUGAG